CCCGACUCGCGGGCUGCUGCUGCUGUUGCCACCGGCCGCUGCCACUGCCGGGUGUCACUGGAUAGCGGAGCCCCAACCCUGCCAUCUGGCUUCCAACGAAGCUCUCUCGGCUGCCCGGGCGGUGCUGCAGAUGGCCCCGACCUGGAGCAGACUUGGGGUGCCCGACUCGCUGUGCCGGCGCGCAGUCCAGUAAUUGGCAGCCAGCAAGACACCCAUGUGGUCCUGAUUGGAAGCAAUUGCUGCGGCAGCAUUUCAUGACCCAGCGGUGCCCAUUCCAGUGAAGCCACCACCGUGGUACCCAGCAUGGCCUUGCUGCUCCUGGGUUCGGUGCUGUUGGUGGCCCAGCUCCACCUGGUGCCUUCCCGUCCUGCAGGGGCACGGAGUGUCGAGCUAGGCCAGCAGGAGUUCUUGAGGAAAGCAGGAAUGCUCCAAGACGACGUGUGGGAAGGUGUGGCCCCCAACGGCUCCGCACAACAGCUGCCCCACACCAUCAUCAUUGGAGUGCGCAAAGGGGGCACGCGUGCACUCCUGGAGAUGCUCAGCCUGCACCCCGACGUGGCAGCUGCUGAGAAUGAGGUACACUUUUUUGACUGGGAGGAACAUUAUAGCCAGGGCCUGGGCUGGUACCUGAGCCAGAUGCCCUUCUCCUGGCCACACCAGCUGACGGUGGAGAAGACACCUGCCUACUUCACUUCGCCCCAAGUGCCUGAGCGGGUGCACCAUAUGAAUCCUGCCAUCCGGCUGCUGCUGAUCCUGCGUGACCCAUCAGAACGCGUGUUGUCUGACUACACCCAAGUGUUCUACAAUCACCUGCAGAAGCGCAAACCCUACCCAUCCAUCGAGGACUUCUUGGUGAGGGAAGGUCGCCUCAACGUGGAGUACAAGGCCCUCAACCGUAGCCUCUAUUACAUGCACCUGCAAAACUGGCUUCGCUUCUUCCCCAUGCGCCACAUCCACAUCGUGGAUGGGGACCGCCUCAUCAGGGACCCUUUCCCCGAGAUCCAGAAGGUGGAGAGGUUCCUGAGGUUGUCCCCUCAGAUCAACGCCUCAAACUUCUACUUCAACAAAACCAAGGGCUUUUACUGCCUGCGGGACAGUGGAAGGGACCGCUGUUUGCACGAGUCCAAAGGCCGGGCCCACCCCCAAGUGGACCCUAAACUCCUCCACAAACUCCACGAGUAUUUUCAUGAGCCAAACAAAAAGUUCUUCGAGUUGGUGGGCAGAACAUUUGAUUGGCACUGAUGGGCAAAACAAAAGGCCCAAGGGAGGCCCUCGGGGACUUGGCUAGUUAUAAGUUCUGAUGUGCGUUCAAGGGGAGGUGGGAAAAGAAUUUUAAGAAGCACUUAAGCUAUAAUUUAUUUGUAAAAUCCAUAAAUGACUCCUGUACAGUAUUAGAUUCACAAUUGCCAUAUAUACUAGUUAUAUUUUUCUACUUGUUAAAUCGAGGGCAUUUUGUAUUGUUUUUCAUGGUUGUUAACAUUGUGUAAUAUGUCUCUAUGAAGGAACUGAAAGAUUUCAUUUCCCAAACAAACAAACAAACAAACGAAAAAUAUGAAAUGAAAUUUUGGAGACACUGUCUUUUUUUGAAAUAUAAUUAAUUUGCCCCUUACUCAAAAUACUUGUCUGUGUUGCAUUUCCUCGCAGAAUCUCUUUUCUUUGAUCACUAAAAAAUGUUGUUCAGGGGCUGGAGCGAUAUGACAGCAGAUAAAGAGUACUUGCCUUGAACUUGAUUGACCUGGGUUCUAUUUCCCACAUUCUGUAGGGUUUCCAGAGCAAUGACAAGAGGAAUCUCU